AUGGAGGGGAGGGCUGAAAAAAGACGCAUUUGUAAAAAUGAGGGAAUAGCGGGAAGUGCUUCUUCUACUCACGCUUCAAUAGAAGGUCAUGAAAUGGCUACUUCAUCAGGAUAUGACUAUGAAGUAUUCUUGAGUUUUAGAGGGCCAGAUACUCGAGCAGGUUUUACUGACUUUCUUUACACUAGUAUGAUAGAUAUGGGAAUCCGUGCAUAUAAGGAUGAUGAAGAUCUCCGAAAGGGAGAAGAGUUUGGCCCAACACUUCUCCAAGCAAUUGACCAAUCGAGGAUCUCAAUACCUAUCCUUUCUAAAGGUUAUGCCUCUAGCGUAUGGUGUCUCAAGGAGCUAGUCAAGAUGGUUGAAUGCCGGAAAAUAAAGGGACAAAAGAUUAUGCCCAUUUUCUAUGAUGUGGCACCUGCAGAGGUACGAUACCAAACUGGGGGUUAUAAAGAGGCCUUUGAUUCACAUAGAAACAAAAACCGACAUAAUGAAGGGACUAUGCGUGAGUGGAAGGCUGCUCUCGAAGAAGUAUCAUCUCUAGACGGAUGGAACAUGCUCAACAUGCACAACAGGUGA